AUGAAGAUCAUUGACGACGAAGAGAGAAACGCCCACUGGAACCAUGUCUUGAAGGAGGGCCUUAAAGGAUGUGCAGUUGGUAUGGGUUUGGCCGCUCUCUUGGUCGCUGGUGUCAAAAAGAGAUAUCCUCAGCAAUACAUGAGAUACAACGCUUCUGUCAAAGCUGCCAUGUGGGCCAUGCCUACCAUUUCCGUUGGAGCUUUCUUCGCUGAUGAAGGUUCUGUCAAGUUCGAUGAGCAGAUGUACCGUGGUGACUUCAUUGAGAAGGCCAAGAAAGAGAAGCAGGCCCAAUGGGAGCAGCUCUCUGGCACCGACAAGGUUCUCACAUUCGCUAAUGACCACAAAUACAAGAUUAUCAUUGGUUCUUGGGCUGCUUCUUUGUGGGGAUCGUGGCACAUCGUCAACCGUGACAAGUACAUGACCACCGCUCAAAAGGCCGUCCAGGCCAGAGUUUACGCCCAGGCCAUCACUGUUGUGUUGUUAUUGGGUACCAUUUUCUUGAGCAUGCAUGAGAAGAAGCUUGAGGAGAGCAGACCUCCUCCAGUUCCUGAGUGGAAGCGUUUCUUGGAGGAACAGCAACUGAAGCAACAGCAACAACAACAAAACAAGAGCACUUCUCAAUAA